GUCACCUCAAUAUUCUUCUGCAGAAGCCAUGAAGCUGCUGCGUCUGGACUAUGAUCACAAAGCACUCCCUCUUAAAUCCAUUCACUCUCCCAAAACCACUUACCCAAGAACCAUUCAAUCUUGCUCUCUCAGGCAGGACCUCAAAGGCCGGACUGUUGCUGUAGUUGGCUUAGGAAAAUCUGGAAAAGCUGCAGCAAGGCUUGCUCUUACUCGAGGUGCUUCAGUUAUAGGCAUCGACCAAAAUGAGAAUUUGAGUUUGUUGGAGCAAGAUCCUUCUUUUGUGACACUGACACAAACUGGGUUAAGGACAAUCCUUGGACACUUUGAUUGGAAGCUGCUUAAUGAUGCAGAUGUGGUGGUUGUUUCUCCUGGAGUUCCCCUAGAAAACUAUGGUCUUUCGUGUUUGUUGCAGUCAGGAAAGCAGGUCAUGUCUGAGUUGGACUUUGCAGCAGAAGUUCUCCCAAAAAGUGUCAGAAUUUUGGCAGUGACAGGAACAAAUGGGAAAUCCACUGUUGUAACUUUUGCUGGACAGAUGCUUAGCCAUUUUGCUAUUGAUACAUUUGUGGGUGGAAACCUUGGAAAUCCACUCUCUGAGGUUGCCUUUCAGUGUUUCAAAUUGCCGUCAGAAGAAUGCAAGCUUAAGGUUGCAGUAGUGGAGGUCAGCAGCUAUCAAAUGGAAAUUCCCUGUGUGUACUUCUGCCCUACUGUUUCUGUGGUAUUAAAUCUUACCCCUGAUCACUUAGAAAGACACAAGACAAUGCUGAGUUAUGCAGCAACUAAGUGUCGUUUAUUUUCUCACAUGACAAACACCAAGUUGGGACUUCUUUCGUUUGGGAAUCAGCACUUGGAUAAAGCAAUUAGGAAGUAUUGGAACAAAUUUAAUCUCGCUUGGAUAGGAGCUUUUCCGGGUGUGAAAAUUGAUAUGGAGGCAAAAAUUGCCAGCUUUGAAGUUCCUGAUAUAGGAGUUGCAUCACAACUGCAACUUGGUGGCAUGAGAGCUAUAGGGAAGCACAACUAUUGUAAUGCUGCAGUGGCUGCGUUGUCUGUGGCUGGACUGGAUGUUGGACUGGAUGUUGAAGCCAUCAAUGCAACAAUUGAAAAACUGAGGGCACCACCUCAUCGAAUGCAAAUUGUGUGCAAGGAUAUCCAUGGGCUUUCAUGGGUGGAUGACAGCAAGGCAACAAACGUUGAAGCCACAUAUGCAGGACUUACGGGUCUGAAGGGACAAAAGGCAGUGAUUCUACUUGGUGGCCUUGCUAAGGUCUUAAAUGGGCCAGCAUCAAAUGGUUUUGAACUAUUGAUAGAGCCACUGAAGGGCCAUAGAUGUGUAAUAACUUUUGGGUCUUCAGGAUCCCUGAUUCAUGACACGUUGUCCAAUAAUGGUCUUAGCAUUCCUUGUAUUCAAGCCUCAAAUCUGAAGGAUGCGGUCAAACAUGCUAGGAAGAUGGCAAAGCAUGGUGAUGCCAUUGUUCUAAGUCCAGGUUGUGCUAGCUUUGACGAAUUCAAAAAUUUUGAGCACCGAGGGUUGGUUUUCCAGGAGUUGGCCUUAUCCUCGUGAUACAUUUUCAAUGGUUUUUGCAGUUGAUGAUAACAGGGAGAAAGUAUGAUCUCAAGUUGUUUUGCUCUUGUGCAUGCCGUCUCUGAAUUGUGAUGGUGUAACACAAUUGGAGGAUCUUAGGCUGACUUUUCCUUGAACUGCAGGCUGAGAAUCGAAGAAGAGUCCUUAAGCAUUCACUAUGGGCGCAAUUUUGAACGUGCAGAGAGAGCUAUCAUGCGUCUUUAAGGGUUUCCUUUAAUCUUUUCAUUUUCUGGUGGAAAUGCAGCAAGGUCUAGAUUAACAGGCUGAUGUUUCUUUCAGCAGCAGAGUGCUAGCAACUCUAUUCAUGGAGAGUUGAAGAAAGCUCAGAUUCCUGUUAGGGAUGUGACUGAAUAGCGGUAUAGCAAGGCAAGGAUACCCUAAUUAUGUGUGUAAUUGAAGCAGCUGUACAUCCUUUCACAAAUCUGGACCUUCCUCUUCUGUGUGUAAUCAACAGCUCUGUCUGCAUGGUUUUGUUACUAUUUUGAUAUAAAAAAAGAGAAGAAAUUUGUAGAUAUUCCUUCCUAGUUACUUUCUGCUAUGCAAUGACUUUGUUUAUUACACCUCCCUGACUUUUUACUAUCAAGAAUUCAACUCAUUUGAAGCAACGGCAA